GGAAAUCAAACAUGUAAGGUAUAGAGAAAUCAUUCUUGACAAAAUCAGCAAUGAAGAGUGUUUUUCUUCUACUGGCUGGAAUCCAAGGUGUCUACUGCCUGUCUACAGCCAGAGAAAUAACAGGCAAGAAGGGAGCCUCCGUCACUGUGCCAUGUCAGUACAGUGCAACCUAUGCAUUUUUUAAGAAGUACCUCUGUCAAGGAAGGGAAUUUAUUUUCUGCAGUAUUUUGAAAUACAACACACAUGAACAGAAGGUGGGAGAUAAAGUUCAAAUUAUGGACCAUGAACAUGAAAGUAUUUUUUACAUAACAAUAAAAGAUUUGAAUGAAGGGGAUCAGGCAUGGUACUGGUGUGGAAUAGAAAUACAUGGUGGAAUCGACCAAGGGUUUUAUUUUUACUUGUAUGUCACUAAUGGAAAUGCUGGCCUGUCUUUAACUAAUAAUUUGUUAAAAGGCAGUGAAGGGCAACACCUCGGUAUCAUCUGUGAUUAUGAUCCUUCUUUCAUUACGAACAAUAAAAGAAUAUGCCGUGGAAGAGAGAGCUAUAAUUGUCGAAACACUGAAAUUGGUGACAAAGACCAUGUAGAAGACAAACCAUUACAAAGGAAGUUUAUUGUAACCCUGAAGGACCUGAAGAAGGCAGACUGUGGCUGGUACUGGAUUAUCAUGGGGAGUAAAGACACGGAGAGAAUUUCAUUCUACUUAAUUGUUGAAGACACAUACAUAUCAGCUCUUAAACUCCUGCACUCACCAUCUGACUCAACACAGCCUGUUAAUGUAAGUUCAGGGUUACAAGUCAUAACACCAGUCCCAUCAGUGAUAAGUUCAGCAGUCAUGCGCUCCAAACGGAUUCUUGUCCUGCCUUUCACCCUGCUGAUCUUCAGUGUGGGGGUCCUUUGGUUUAAAAUGAGACGUAUCAAGAACCAGACAGUGAAUUCGUCUUCUAUCGAUGACGAUAAGAUAACCAAAAGUCUUAAGGAUCUUAAAUCCAGAGCUGGAGAAACUUCACAACAGACUUUAACAUCCCCAGCUGGAAAAACUUCACAACAGAUUACAUUGGAUGAACCUGCGUAUGUGACAAUGCCCCAAAAGGGUUCCAAGUCAAUACCAGAAAAGAAAACACAACAGAUCUACUCCAACUUGAAGGAGGAACCUGUAUAUGUGCCAAUGGCUGCAAAGACCUCCAAGGACCUUUGGGAUGAGUCUGAAUACGUGACCAUGAUAUUCAAGAAGAAACAUUCAGAGAAGAGAAAAAAAAGGGCCUCCAAAAAUCUUCAGGAUGAUUCUGAAUACGUGACCAUGGAGUACACAAAGAAAUGUUCAGAGAAGAGAAAAACACGGCAUUCAAAGAAAUGUGAGGGCAGCGGCAACGCUUCUUAAGCUUCAUUUCUAAAACAAUGAAAUCAAGAUCAAGGGAUGAUAUCUUUAAACUCCUCACAAAGACAUUACACGUUUGAACACUUUGAACGUCACCAUCUAAAUGUGCUAAAAGUUCUGCACCACCUCUAUCUGACAGUUUUUCAAAGGACAUUCCAAAACAUGGAUCACUUUACCCGUAAAAGCAUCCCUUGCAAAUACCAGAACUCCAAAGAUCAUUAUGAUGGAUUUAAAGGGAACGCCAUUUCUGAACAAUAGAAGAGAAGCCUCUUCAAAAUUUCAAAGUAGUGCUGUAGGCGUACAAAAGCAUAUUGAAAUUUCUCAGAUUUUGUUUGAUGUUUUUUUUCCUUUCACAAAUGUAUUGCUUAUGCCUGAAGUCAAAGGUAAAUGGGUCAGGACCAAUAAUCAAAAAACAAUAUCAACUGUGAGCAAUGUGGAGUCUUUUUCAAUUUAUCUCAAUGCUAGGAUGUGUACUGAACCACACUGGUUCACACUGGUCACACUGGAUGUGAUGAGUGGCAUUUCUGCAUUAAGCACCAGUGGGGACAGCUCCUAAGCAAUAUGCUCCCCUCUGAAAUUUUAUGUAUUAUUAAAAUGUUUAUAACAAUCUUCAGCUUUGUCUUCUUAAGCACUUUUUCAAUUUCCUAUCAUAUGCUCAAUAUAAUUAGAAAAGUACCGCUUCUUGUAUUAUGUGAAAUCAUCUGGGUGCUAAAAGUCAUUUUCAGAUAAGGAGCUGGGCCAAUUGGCCCUGCAGUGUUCUCUAUGCCCUGGAUGUGUGCAGAGAUGUGUACCAUGAACCUUCCAGUUUAGGACUGGGGUUUGAAAGCAAUUCCCUGUGUUAAAAUGAGGAUUGCUUGUUGUUGUUGUUGCUAUUUUUAUUUAUUGUGAUUCUGGUUCAAGCUUUUCCAAGUCGGUGCAAUUCUGCACACACCAGUGAGGAGGCAGAAAAAUUCCAGGACUAUUUGUUCACUUAAAGAUAGUCACAAUAACCUGAAAAUUAAAGGACAUCAAUAUCAGGAAUGGAUUGCUCUCAAGACAUUAUGCUGCAUGUUGAUAUUCUCCCACCACUGUAGAGGACUGUGCUAAAAAAACAGGUACAAAAAUAAAAAGGGUACAAAGAA